GCCGUCACUGCCUCGAUGUUCCAGCUGCCUAUCUUGAAUUUCAGUCCCCAGCAAGUGGCCGGGGUAUGCGAGACGCUAGAGGAGAGCGGCGACGUGGAGCGCCUAGGUCGCUUCCUCUGGUCGCUGCCUGUGGCCCCUGCGGCCUGCGAGGCGCUCAACAAGAAUGAAUCCGUGCUGCGCGCGAGAGCCAUCGUGGCCUUCCACGGUGGCAACUACCGCGAGCUCUACCAUAUCCUGGAAAACCACAAGUUCACCAAGGAGUCGCACGCCAAACUGCAGGCGCUGUGGCUCGAAGCGCAUUACCAGGAGGCUGAGAAGCUGCGAGGACGGCCCUUGGGGCCGGUGGACAAGUACCGCGUGAGGAAGAAGUUCCCGCUACCGCGCACCAUCUGGGAUGGCGAACAGAAGACACACUGCUUCAAGGAGCGCACGCGGCACCUGCUUCGGGAAUGGUACCUGCAGGACCCAUACCCCAACCCCAGCAAAAAGCGUGAGCUCGCCCAGGCAACCGGACUGACCCCUACGCAGGUGGGCAACUGGUUCAAAAACCGCCGACAAAGGGACCGGGCGGCUGCAGCCAAGAACAGGCUUCAGCAGCAGGUCCUGUCGCAGGGCCCCGACCGGGCGCUAAGGGCCGAGGAAGAGGGCACGCCCGAGGUGCUGGGCACCGCCGCCAGCCCGGCCGCCAGCCUAUCCAGCAAGGCAGCCACUUCUGCCAUCUCCAUCACGUCCAGCGACAGCGAGUGCGACAUCUGA